CUAGAGAACUACGUGUGUGAAGACGAAACAGUUCAUCCUUUUAAUGAACAAGAAAGGGAGGGUUCUCUAGGCAAAACCAAUUUCAUUGAGCCAGGAAGGAGCACUGAGUCAUAUAUUUCUGAAUAUAAAGAGACAAUGACAAAGGGGAAAGAAGUUGAAAAAACAUUAUUAGAAAGCAUUGAAGAUUCAGAAAAUUCUGUUCCAAAUCAAAAUGCAGAUUAUGAUAGAAGACUCAGCAAGCCUCCAGACAGAGUUGUUACUAAUGAAAUGGUUUCUGAGAUACAAGCAAGUAUCAACAAUACGCUUCAUGAGGUAGUGUCCUCCACAAGUGGCGUCCUCAGUAAAGACUCAAAACUGCAGGAUGUUAUUAAUGAAAAAACAUUGAAUUCAAGCACUGAAACGGAUUCUGUCUUGUCACAAAUGACAGUGAAUGAAAAAGGUGUCCAACAUGAAUCCUUAGAUAAAGGCACAUAUAUUUGUAAUGCAAAACAAACAUCACAAAACCACAGUACCAGUAAACAGAUAAAUACUCCCCUUGGUGAAGUACAUAGUGAUAAUUCAUCCACAAAUAAUACGUGCUCUGAGCAAGUAAAUAGUUUCAGUACAUCAGAAAACAUAAUACCUUUGCAUGCUUCUUUCUGUAAGAAUUCAGGUAUAAAUCCUCAUAUUACCAAUGACAGCAUUAGUAAAUCACCCCUUGUAAAAAAUCUCAAUGCAUAUGAAAAAAAUUCAUGCAAAGAUAUAAACAAAAUCACAAGCAAGUGCUCUAAUAAAAAUAGUUCCAUACUGAGAGAAAUGGGCACAAAGACAGCUGAAAUUUCAUGUCUCUACACUGAAAAUGUACAUGCGUCUCAGAGUGCAGGCUUGAAAGAUAACCAUAUUACCAAAGAAAAACAAAGAGACUUCCAUACUUCUAAAACUACAAGUGAAGAAUUUGUUGUGGUUGCUGAACAAGAGAAUAUAUCAUUAAAUGAAAAGGAAGAGCCACUAAGAGGUACAAUUAGGGGAGAAAUUAGUACAAAAGAAGACAUAGAAGAAUUAUGCUCUUUACCCAUAAAAACAACUGAGGAUUUCAUAAACAGAAGUGUGAGGCCUUGCUGUCAACUUGGAACUAUGGGUGAAAAAGCCAAGAAAAUUGCAGUAGAGUUAAAUCUACCAAGGGUAUGUCAAGGUGAAAUUCAAACACUGUGUGCUUCAACUUCAGAAAUGGCUUCCUUUUUAAAAGAAAACUUACUUCUACAAGAAAUAAAUGAUUCCCAGAAUUCAAAGGGAUCUGUUCAGACUAUGAACCUACACACAGCUGUAAAAGAAGAAACACUAGCUUCCACUCAUUAUAAUAGAGCCUCUGACACUUUGAAUUCCGGAAGUAUCAAUGUAGACCCCAAGAUAAAUCCCAGUGAAGAAUGGAAUGCUAUGCCAAAGACUUUUAGUGAUCCUUCUUUUCCCACAGAACAUGUCACAACAGCAUGCCAACUGGGAUCACAACAGAAGUUUUCUCAAAUGCCCUCUGAAAUCAGUGGAACUAUUUUAAAUGAGAGUUCAAAUAACCCCGAAGAAACUGGCUGGAAUUUGCAAAAUGUCUUCAUAAAAACACAACUCAGCAAUACUGAAAAGUUUCUGUCUUCAGAAAGGCUCUGUCAGCCCCGAAAGAGAAAAUAUGAAGAAGAUUCAGAAAAGGCAAUGACAGCAGAUAAAUCAGUAAAAUGAUUGUUUCUAAAUGUGAUUUGGAAUCUGCAUCAAAAAAAGUGUUCCAGUGGUGGAUAUA